CACUGCGCUGAGCCAGGCAACUUGGCUCAGAGUAACAGUAAAUCAGACAGAGCAGCUCCUAACAGCUCCUCCAGCUCCUGCAGUGAAACUGUAACCCCCCGUUGCAAGUAUUUUUGGCCGCUCAGAGGAACCCGGGUGAGAUCACUGCGGUCUCUUUUCCUCGGACACACUCGAAGAGUUGUUCGGCAAGAGCAACGCAGGGACCCGUUUUCAGUCUCCUUUCAUAUAUAUUUACACAUCUUUAAAUUCAUAUCACACUGGAAAUGUCCGAAAACAAGCCGAAUGAUGAGCCCAAGUUAUCUACGACGGACAGGGUGGUGAAAUCUGUCCCCUUCCCCCCUAGUCACCGGCUGACGGCUAAAGAGGUGUUUGACAGCGACGGGAAGCCCAAAGUGGAUGUGCUGAAAGCUCACCUAACCAAAGAGGGGCGUGUGGACGAGUCGGUGGCCCUCAGGCUCAUAGGAGAGGGCGCCGCCAUCCUGCGCUCGGAGAAGAACCUGCUGGACAUCGAGGCCCCUGUGACAGUUUGCGGAGACAUCCACGGGCAGUUCUUUGACCUAAUGAAGCUGUUUGAAGUAGGAGGAUCACCAGCAUCCACACGCUACCUUUUCCUUGGGGACUACGUAGACAGAGGGUAUUUCAGUAUUGAAUGUGUGCUCUACUUGUGGGCCUUAAAGAUCCUAUACCCCAAAACACUGUUUUUGCUGCGUGGGAAUCACGAAUGUCGACAUUUAACAGAGUAUUUCACAUUUAAGCAGGAAUGUAAAAUUAAGUAUUCAGAGAGGGUGUAUGACGCAUGUAUGGACGCCUUCGACUGCCUUCCCCUGGCUGCGCUUAUGAACCAGCAGUUCCUGUGUGUACACGGAGGACUGUCUCCAGAAAUCACAAAUCUUGACGACAUCAGGAAACUAGACAGAUUCAAAGAGCCGCCAGCUUACGGGCCGAUGUGCGAUCUGCUGUGGUCGGACCCGCUGGAGGACUUUGGGAACGAGAAGAGCCAGGAGCACUUCACACACAACACAGUGAGAGGCUGCUCCUAUUUCUACAGCUACCCUGCAGUCUGUGACUUUCUACAACACAAUAACUUAUUAUCUAUCAUCCGGGCCCAUGAAGCACAGGACGCCGGAUACCGCAUGUACAGAAAGAGUCAGACCACUGGCUUCCCGUCCCUUAUCACCAUCUUCUCAGCUCCAAACUAUCUAGACGUCUACAACAACAAAGCGGCUGUGCUGAAGUACGAGAACAACGUGAUGAACAUCCGACAGUUCAACUGCUCACCUCAUCCCUACUGGCUGCCCAACUUCAUGGAUGUUUUCACCUGGUCUCUGCCGUUUGUCGGGGAGAAAGUGACUGAGAUGCUCGUGAACGUGUUGAGCAUUUGUUCCAACGACGAGCUGACGACUGACGAAGAGCUGGACGGACAGCUAAUAUAUCCCCCAAAAAAAGGUGCCACGGCUUCUGCCAGAAAGGAGGUGAUCCGCAACAAGAUUCGUGCCAUUGGGAAGAUGGCCCGGGUAUUCUCUGUGCUCAGAGAGGAGAGUGAGAGCGUGCUCACGCUGAAGGGGCUGACCCCGACUGGCAUGCUGCCGAGCGGAGUGCUGUCCGGUGGCAAAGAGAAGCUGCAGAACGGUACAUUCGGUUGUUGUGCAAGUAUUUUUGCUGUGUUUUGUCUUCAGAUGUUCUGUCUUUAGAUUUAUGUUCACUCUCAGUUUCACAAACCUUCUCUGCAGGUUUUAAGAAGCUUUAUUGCUAAGAAAUUUUAGGAUUAUCUGUAUUCUAUUGAUAAAGCAAAAAUUACCUCGUUCUCAACUUAAAAGCAGGUUUUUGUAGAUUUACAGCCUCAUUGUCCCUCUAGAAAAAACAUGUAAAAACCAAUAAAAUACAUUUAUACAACAAUGCAUUAGUUUAAUCUUACUACUGAAAAUUAAAAUGAUAAAUUUGAUCUUAAGAAAUAAUUGUCUUUCUCAGAUUUAUCGGUGGUUAAGCUAAUUUUUUGUUUGGUUCUUUGAACUUUGAAAACAUUUAGCGCAGUUAGCUUCCACUAAACUAAUUUUUCUGAAUAAAUUGUAAAGCGCUAAUUUACUUGGAUGUUUACAAGUAAACUUUAUUAAAUUUAAAGUUGAAUAAACUUUGAUAUCUGCUGUAGUAUUUGUUAUCGACUGCUAGGAAUCCUUCAAGUAGCUAGCCGGUUACAUUCAUGCUCUUAUUUUGAAACUGCUUAAGCAGUUUCCUCUCCUCAUGUUCUCCACCUGUGAUGCGAUACAGGAAUUUCCAGUUUUUCUCUACCCAGAAUGCAUUGCUGUAAAACUACAGGCUGUAGUUUUGAAUGCGAAUCAGCAUAAUUGAAAUUAGUGCUUUAGCAUUAGCUUCUGCUAACUAACAUGUUGGUGCCCGCUAACACCUUAGCGUUAGCGUAACCAACUUCUUAGUUAACAGUGCCCACAAAAUUUUUUUUUUUUUUUUUGUAUCGUUUCUUAUUUUUGUUUUGGAGUCUUUGUUUUAUUUAAAUAUUUGGUUAAGAUAAAUUAACUUUGCGGGAUUACCAAUUAAACGUUUCUGAACUUUUUUGGCCAUCUAAAACUAAUUAAAGUAUAAAUAAACCAUUCUUCAGUCAUUUAGGUUUCUGUAGGGAUUUUUAGAGUUGUAAAUUUUUAUUUUUUUAUUUUUUUUUUUGCUACAGUAAAUGUUCUCAAACUAAGGGUUUUCCAGAAACGUCAGUGUGAAACAUGCUACUGCAUGCAUAUUUACCUGAUAACAUAUUAAUAAAUCAAUAAUAAUACCUUCAGACAGGCUCUUUAACGAGGAUGUGUAAAACCGUCAGAAUUGCGUAGACUCAUCGUGGCUCUCGCCUCAUUUAGCCGAUCACCUGUGAUUUUUCCAUCUCAGCCACGUUUUUAUUUGUGGUGUUGGUUUAGUUGGAGCUCAUCGUCUCGGAGCUUUGUGCCGUUUCCUCAUGUCUGUGUUGUGUUUUAUCUAAAUGUAAAACUCCCAGGUUUGUAAUCGGUAAGUGGCUGGAAGGUUUUCUUCACGCUCGGCCAGUGAUUUUGAUAUUUAGCAUCAAAAGAGGCUGAACCCGUGUGUUAUCCUGUUGUGUCCAUCUGAUUAUUUGUUUUCAGUAUUUCUAAUCUCAUUUCCAGCAGAAACAAAUGGUUUUCCAACAUUUUUUGUGUCAUUUUGUUUUUUCUAAGGAUUCAUUUAUUUUUCCUGCCACUACAUUCAUUCGUUUGACACUUUUUCUUGAACUUUAACCCUUUUCUCCAUGAUAUUUGCUGCCACUUCUCCUCUUCCUCCCUUUUUGCUAACAUCCUCGUAUUCUUUUGUCAUGAAAUGUGGAGAUGCCGUUAACCUUUUGUUGUCGUUAUUGGCUGUCUUUGCUGCU